AGGAUUAAACAUGGAGCAACUCGAGAAAGACUUGACUGCCGGGACCAAUUCGCAUCUGGUGGCCACCUACAGACUGCUGGCGGAUCAGAAGAUACGCAAUCGCACACAGCGGUUAGAUGAGAGCACGCGGACGGUGGGCGGCAUAGGCCGACAGAAUACUUCGAAUAUGGGGUCACCUGGCGUCACGCAAAUGGUACGAAUCAAUAGUUCUCAGGAUUUAAGUUUGUCGCAAAACGAAGACUUGCAUCCCAUCCUGGUAGAACCCAGCAGCGGUUCACUCAGGGCGAGAUCGUGUGAGGACUUAUCAUCAACAUCCCUGCUGGCGUUGGGUACGAAUAGAGUCGAGCCAUCGCCGGCACAAGUGUCGUCCAUAUCCAUGGGCAGUGGAUUCCCUUUUCACAGUUCGAAUAAGAACGCUUCACGUCACAACAGUUUAAGCAACAAUGCCCACUCAAGUAUAUACAGCAACCAGAACGCCAUAUCACAGAUGACCGCGCAACAAAACGGAGAUGCAUCGCCCGGAUUAAGGAGGCCUCAAGAUGGGGUAUUACCCGCAGCAUUCACCAUGAACCGCAUAACAACACAAUCUGUCCCGGAAUUAAGGCCGUCGCCUGCGUAA